CGCAGAUGUGUGCGCAGGUUUUUAAUAAGAUAGAUAUUGCUUUUGAGACGGAAACACGAACGGCUUCGGCAACAAAACACGAAAGAUGUCAUUUGCCAGUGACAAGCUGUACAAUGGAUACUUGCGGCGGAAUAUGGCGACCAUUGUGUAUAAUGUGGAACCGACAGAAAUAAUGAUCCAUCUGCCUUGCUUGACUUCUCAUGACAGAGAAACCAUUCAGGCAAAAAGAGAUAUUCGUGGGGACAUUGAAAGCAUGGAGUUACUUCUGAAAUGUCUGAAGAGAAGAGAAAACUGGCCGGAGCAGUUCAUCGCAGCACUUGAGGCGUGUGAGCAUCAAAAUUUAGCAGCUGAGAUUAGAGCAGAAUACAACGCUCUGAGAGUCAUCAACAAUUCCAACCCCAGCUCCCCUCCAACGACUGUCAACAGGGCACACGUCCAUCCUGCACCCUCUGCCAGUCAUAUGUCCCUCCCAGAUGGUGGGGCAAACAGUCAGGCUAUUGUUGCUCCACCAGCUGAAGCAUCAGCUCCUCCACAGCCAGCUGCCCAGGCCUCCCCCCAUCUGGAAACCCCUAUGCAGCAACAAGACCCCCAGAGCUCAGCAGCCAACGUUCCUGAGGCAGUUUCCCAGUCUGAGCCCGUCUCUGAGCCUCCACAGUCAAAUCAGAAUGAAGUGAUACCCUGUCCAACACCUCCUCCUUCCCCUGUUACCCCACAUAAUCAGGCCACUAGAACCCCACCGCCUCAGAGGAAGAUUAGAUCUCACCAGGAGCCGGUGGAAAACUCUGAAUCAGACAUCCAGGAUAUCUCUGGUGGUAUCGCUGUGAUCCCUGAUCAGCUGAUUGCAGGGAACAGUGAGGUAUCGAUCAACUCUGUGGCUGCUCUUCAACCAUCCGGUCCUGUUGAGCAGUCUGAGACAGACUCUCUGUCCCGCCCAGAUCCGGUCCAAACAACAACAACCGCCACAGAGGUCAGUCCACCACAGAGUCCCUCCCCAACUCCGAUAAACUCAGAUGGGACCGAUGGAUCCUCUUUCCCAAUGAUGACCCCAGAGAGGCCUCCAGUCCAGGACACCACCCCUCCUGUUGACCUAAAACCUGCUGCUGUCCUGCAGCCUGAACAGAUGUCAGGACCUCCUGCUACACAGGUUGUUGAAAGCAGCCCGCAGACAGGAACUGCAGCUACAACCCCCCCCCUGCCUGGUGCUGCUGGGAUGGACGCCUCUCUCUGUGAUGACAGCACGGUGUGUCUGAGCAAGCCUGGCCAACUCAUCAGCAUCCCCCCACAAAAUCGUGAGCGCCCUACUAUCCCUGUGCCCAGCUCACCGGUGCAGCCCUACUCAGGGAAUAGUGAGCGUCUGGAAAUGAGCAAUGCUGCAGGUGACACUGUGACCUCUGCCUGCCUUUCUGCAUGCUCUGCUGUCAGCUCCACCACCAAGAGCACAGUGUCUGCACUGCCAUGCCAGGAGAACGGCAUUGCUCUUAACCAUAACGAACCGGAGGAAAACCAGUAUGACUCUCCUUCUCAGAGUUUGGGAAUGCAGGAGGUGCUGGAGAACGUGGUGCAUGUAUCCGAGGAGGCGUCUAUCCUUAACCUAGACGGCCAAAGCCCAACACCACAAGCUCAAAUGUUCAAUGAUGAAGCAGCCAAGGAGAUCACGCCUGUACCACCACCAUUCACCAACACUGUUGAUACUGUAUCGAGUGUUAACACCCCCUCCAGUGAGAACUACCACCCCUCUGAGCCUGCACCUGCUGAUAUUUCACCAGAGCCGAAGACACUGCAGGAUUUAGAGAAGAAGGUGGCCUCUGGCACCCUGCCAACUAAUACAAAGUACAUUCUGACCGCUGCAGGAGUGGGCGCCUGUGCACUGCUGAUGGUGUGGAGGUUUAAGAGAUAAGGGGAUUUAAUGCUAUAGUUCGUAGUUUCUGUCUCCCCCAUGAAGAAUUCUAAAUAAUGACAACAACACUGUCGGUGCAUCCACAUGAUGCAAUCCUUCGGUGAACAUGCACCACCCCUGCUCCACACAGUUGCUAAUAGCGUUUCUCCCAUCAAAUUAAGGACACGGAGGAUAAAAAAACAAAAACAUGAUGGACUCUUCAGAAGAGGUAAUUAUAUUGUAAUUUUUAUGCAACAGAAAUGGUGGUGAUGGCUUGAAUGUAACAGACGUUCAUUAAUGUAAAAUAGUCACGCACUAUAGCUUUAAAGACCCCCUAUUAUGCUUUUUGGGAUUUUUCCCAUCUUUUAAUGUUACAGUUUUUUGUGUAUGAAAUAGAUUGCUUUUGAGAUGUACAAAACACAUGUCGCUGCAAAAGGAUCUUUAUUUCCCACAGAAAGCAAUUUUUCUCAACUGCCUAAAAACGCCUCGCCCACAUUCCUCUUUGAAAUUCCUCAACUAGUGAUGCCACUGAUUGAGAAUGCCAGCCCAGUUUUUGCAUAUGUGCUGCCCAUUAGUGCUGCCUAAAGGCCGCUUUAUGCUUCUGCGUCGAAUCGACGGCGUACCCCUGCAGACCCCUCUGCGUCUACGCUGGACCCUACGCUGUAGCCUGACUUGCACCUCUCGAAAAAUGUAACCUCACGUCGCAGCGACGCUCAGCUGUGGAUUUCCGCUGACUCAUUUCCUGGUUCUCCUUCUCCAUAAACAACAUGAAAUCAAGGAGAGGGUUAACUUUUCCUGCUACAGAU